AUGUUCGUGUUCGUGUUCGUGUUCGUGUUCGUGUUCGUGUUCGUGUUCGUGUUCGUGUUCGUGUUCGUGUUCGUGUUCGUGUUCGUGUUCGUGUUCGUGUUCGUGUUCGUGUUCGUGUUCGUGUUCGUGUUUGUUAUAAAAUAUAGUAUCGUUGACUCAAUCUGUGUGAUUUGUCCUAAUAUAUUUAUGUUCGUGUUCGUGUUCGUGUUCGUGUUCGUGUUCGUGUUCGUGUUCGUGUUCGUGUUCGUGUUCGUGUUCGUGUUCGUGUUCGUGUUCGUGUUCGUGUUCGUGUUCGUGUUCGUGUUCGUGUUCGUGUUCGUGUUCGUGUUCGUGUUCGUGUUCGUGUUCGUGUUCGUGUUCGUGUUCGUGUUCGUGUUCAUAUUUAUAUAUAAUACAGAUCGGAACUUCAGGUUGGAAUAUAGAUUUACAAAAGCUGAAAUCUAG